AUGUUAUCCUCGGAACAGAUACUGGAGGAGGCAGCGCAGGAUGGGUCACUCGACGUCGCGGAGUGGCCUCGUGUGCUGGAGAGCUUACUGCAGAGACUGCAUGAUAUCGUGCACAACGAGUUCCCGCUACCUUCCCUACCCCUCCCGGCGCCGAUACCCUCAUCCAUAGACCCGGAAGUGGUCGCUUCAACUCCCCCGGCACUCCUCAGUAGCGAGCCUGGACCCAAAGACGAAGAGCUACCAGACGCAGACGAGAGCACCGAACCCUUACCGAGCAGCCAGGACAGUACGAAGGAGAAUGACGCGCCCAUCGAUAUCGCGGCAAGAUCGCAUCCCCCGGGCUUCGAAGUCAACCGCACGUCACACCCCGUCCAACCCCGAGACACUGAAGAAGCGCAGUCAGGCACACUUCCACCCGAUUUGCUGAGCAUCUACACCAGCUCGACGCGGACCUUGGAAUACGACUUCGCACACAGCCCGCCUUACACCAUUCAACGACUAGCCGAACUCGCACUGUACCCCAAGAAACAUUACCGCUUCCUCCCCGCCUACCUUCGCGCCCUCGAUCGAAUUGUGUCUGUCAGCUCGCCCGCCUCUGACUUUCCGCUUCCUUCGCUACAGCACUCAUCUCACGGCGGCUUUCUCACAAACGGCGAUGCGAAUCACGCCAACGGCAACUCUGAGCGGGAUGGGCUAGGCAGUGACGAGAGCUUGGGUGGAGCGCUCCUGACACCGAUACCAUGGCUUCGCAACAAUGGUUUCGGUCACACGAACUCUCAGCAAUCGAAUGGCAACGAGGGCGAGUUCCGCAGCGAAUCCACCGAGACGAUCGAAGGACCCAAUGGCGCUGGGAGCAUCGAGACGGUCAGCGUGACGAUCAACGGUGUCCCAUCUGCCACGAGCCUAGCGCACACAUCUCCGGCCCCGCACUCGCCUACUCUGUCCGAGCAGUCAGAUGCUAGUAGUUCCAGCUCCUCAGGACCGACGGAGGCAGAGAUGCGAGAGCAGGGUGCGGUCACACAAGGAGAGCUGUUACGGCAAGAGCAAGAAGCGGGAGUAAUACCCCUCUCGCAGUCAGCACACCGUCGACCACUGCUUGCAGCUGGCGCGGUAGCUGUGGGUCGAGAAUCGUCAGGAGCUGCAGGAGGAGCACCUCAACGCACACCAGCAGAGUCGACCGAAGAUCGGCCACCAGAAGAGUCACCACACGCCCGUGGACCAGAUGAGAUUGGCAUGGAGGACAUGGGACCACAACAUACUUCUCUCGACGCUGGACUGGACAUGGCAGCCGCUGUGGGGCGGGGCAGAAGCACAUCGCCUCAGCCUCCUGCUUCGGUCAUUGAGCCUUCUAUGGUUGCAGAGGCCGAGGCUGAACAGGCUGAGAUGGACAAUGCUGGCGAAGCUGGCAAGGACCCGUCGGAUGCACGGAUAGAGGAUGAGAUGGUUUCGGAUAUCGAGGAGGAGCAGAAGGUGCAGCAGGCACGAGAAGAGGGAGACAUGAUUGUUGCUGAUGCUGAUGGGAUUGAGGUUGGAGAGAGGGAGAAGAUGGAGGUGACUGGGGAUCUGGGAGGUGCAGAUGCUGCGGACCAGACGACAUUAUGA